AUGUCUUUCGGAAAGCUUUACAGCUACUCGGGUAACCCGCGCACCACCUCUCUCCUGGCGGUCGCGAAGGAGAACGGCCUCGACAUUGAGUUUGUCGAGACUGAGCCUGCCAAGGUGUCUCAACUGAUUGCCUCGCAGAACGAGAAGACCAGCCUUCUUGGAAAGACCAAGCAGGACUACGCCACCAUUCUGCGAUGGAUGUCCUUUGUCAACACUGAGGUCCUCUCCCCUCUCGGUGGCUGGUUCCGUCCCAUCCUCGGCCGCGACCCCUACAACAAGAAGAACGUUGAGGAAUCACAGAAGGCCGCCCUCAAGGCUGUCCACGUCAUCGAGGAGCACCUUCUUACACACACAUACCUCGUUGGUGAGCGUCUGACACUUGCCGAUAUCUUCGCUACCAGCAUCCUUGCUCGUGGCUUCCAGUACUUCUUCGACAAGCAAUGGCGCGACUCCAACCCCAACGUCACUCGCUGGUACGAGACCAUCUACAACCAGUCUAGCUACUCAGCCGUGGCUCCCAAGUUUGAGUUCAUCACCGAGGCGUUGAAGAACGUCGCACCAAAGAAGGAAGGUGGUGAGAAAAAGAAGGAGACCCCCAAGGCCGCCCCUAAGCCCAAGGAGGAGGCUGAGGAAGAGGAGGAGGCUGCGCCUGCUCCCAAGCCCAAGCACCCUCUCGAGGCUCUGCCCAAGGCUACCUUCGUCCUUGACGACUGGAAGCGCAAGUACUCCAACGAGGAGACCCGCGAGGUUGCCCUCCCCUGGUUCUGGGAGAACGCCAACUUUGAGGAGUACUCCAUCUACAAGGUCGACUACAGGUACAACGAUGAGUUGACCCUCACCUUCAUGACCGCCAACUUGAUCGGUGGUUUCUUCACUCGUCUCGAGGCCAGCCGCAAGUACCUCUUCGGCUGCUGCUCCGUGUACGGCAUUGCCAACGACUCCAUCAUCAAGGGCGCUUUCGUCGUCCGUGGUCAGGAGGCGCUUCCCGCUUUCGAUGUCGCUCCCGACGUUGAGAGCUACGAGUUUACCAAGCUCGACCCCACCAAGGAAGAGGACCGUGAGUUCGUCAACGACCAGUGGUCGUGGGACAAGCCCCUCGUCGUCGGCGACAAGACCUACGAGUGGGCCGACGGUAAGGUGUUCAAGUAAACGCUUCGCUUGCUUGGUGAAGAGUUUGUUUUGAUUUAUGAUGCGGAUGAAUUACGACUGGGUAUGGGACGGAUGGAAUGAGGGAUGAGAAUUCAUGAGAUCAUGUUGGGCAGCCUUUGGUAGAUCAGCGAUACUACCACGGCCGGAUAGAGGCUCGGAAAAGCUGCACAAGAAAAAUCAUGAUACCCAACCAA